AUGGUUUAUGUAAAAAUUGUUUCAAAAUUUAUUAAAAAGGGAGGUGAUAGGUUACUUAUUAGAUUGAUUAAAUUUGUUGCCGAAAUAUUGGCAAUGCAGAUUUUACUUGUAUGUAAACCUGUUUUUAUUGAGUCGGUAUUACCAACUUUUGUAAUGAGAUUAAUAGUUUUAUUUGAUAUAUCGGAACUUCAGUAUCCGAACUUCGGAAGUAGUUUAAUUGAUUGA